UGAGCAUGGCUUUUAGUUUCACAGUGCAGCUGAUAUUCAAACAUUGAGUUCACUUCUAUGAUAAACCUCCCAUACGCAAGUAUAGCCAUUUCUAUGACCUUUUUUUGCUUCACAAUGUUAUUGGUAUGAAAGGGAUGAGAGAAGACUUUCACCCCAUGGAUUCCCAAACAUGUCUAAUGGAUAUCGUACACUGUCUCAGCAUCUCAAUGACCUGAAGAAGGAGAACUUCAGCCUUAAGUUGCGCAUCUACUUCUUGGAGGACCACAUCCAGCAAAAGUAUGAAGACAAUAGAGAGGACAUCUACAGAAAGAACAUUGAGCUAAAAGUGGAAGUGGAGAGCCUGAAGCAAGAGCUCCAGGAGAAGCAGCAAAGUUUAGAUAAAGCAUGGACAGAAGCAGAGAACCAGAGCAAUAAAGAUGAAGCCAAGAUCUGUCAUCAACCAAAGAAUAAGAUUGUCUGUGAGAACCUGGGGAAAAAAAACCAGACACUACAUGAGCAGCUCCAAGAAAAAGUUAAUGAAAUGGAUUUUGAACUGAAAUCUGUCCAGCAUACAUCCAAGAAACAGGAUCACAUAACCCAGAAACUGAAAGAGACGUUGAAGAGCAAGGAAAAUGAGAAAAGGACCAGCCACUUUCUAGAGACAGCGUUGCAAGAAGAACAACUACAAAAAGAAGCAGCUUGGAGACAUAAUAAGGAAUUCUUUGCUACUCUUCAGCAGUUAAAAACAAAUCUACAGAACAAGAACAUGCAAUGUUAUACUUUAGAAAAGGGAACAUUGUUGAGGCUGCACAGACAAGACCAGAAAAUUAAGGAUUUGACAUACAGUCUAGCUUGCAAAGAACAGCUUCUACAGGAAUCUAAGGAUCUCUUUGCGUAUUAUCAGGAUUUGGACAAAAAUUCUACAAUAGCUGAUAAAAUGGUACAGAAAUUGCAGCAACUAAUUAAAGACAAAGAUGCUGCCCUGGAGCAAGCAAUAGGGGAGAAGUUCUCUGCACUUGAAGAUAAAGAACAGGAAAUGAACCAGCUUUAUUUGUCCAUAAAAGAACAAAAUCGUGAUCUGAAAGGUCUACACCAAGUUAUUUCCGGCAACAAAGCUACUAUCCAGUGUCUAGAGAGCUUGCUGAAAGCCAAGGACCUGGAACUGGAGAAGCUGUUAGCAGCAAACCAGAAUUUGCAAUGGCUGAUCAAGAAUAUAGAAGCAAAAUCUCAGAAGUGGCAAUCUGAACAAGAAGGAUUUAUCCAGAAGCUUCAUGACAGAAACAAAGAAGUAGAGACCCUUUCAGCAACACUGCUCUGCAAUCUGGAGCCUGGACAAAGGGACAUCGUGGAAGCCCUGCACCUUCACCUUCAGCAAAAAGAUCAGAUCAUAAAAGAAUUCCUAAGGGACAAGAGCCGGCAAGUUGUAGACCCAGUGGUUGAGCUUGAGGAGUUACUUCAAGCAUGGAAUACUAGAGAACAGCAAAGUUAUAUAUAUUCCAAGAAGAUUGCACAGGUUCUUCUAGAGAAGAAUUCUGAGCUGCUAAUCCUGAAUCAGCAACUGAUUAGCCAAAUUCUUCAUCAGAAGAUGGAGUCUUCUAUUGUUCAGUUUGUACAACAAGAGGGCUCUACUGAAGCACCAAGGCAAGAAGAUUUUAGCAUGAACAUCCCAGCCAUGAUUUCUAACAGAGAUAGCAGUAAACCCAGGAGGGAUAAAGAUGAUUUGCAAACAACUGCUAGACUUGAGAGGGAACUUACUAAAGCAAAAGAGAAACUUGAAUUGUUGACACAAAAAGAAAGAGAAAGCACGGUGAAACUCUCUGCUCUUCAGUCUGUGGUGGCUUCCCAAGAGGAGGAGCUGCAAGUUCAAUCCUCUGAUAUUGAAUCUCUUACUAGAAGUACCCAGAUCAAAGAAGAACUAAUUAAGGACUUGCAGAUGCAAUUGAUUGACCCUGAAGAAAUACCAGCAAUUGAACGACUUACUCAAGAAGUUUUGAUGCUUCAGGAAAAGGUAGCAAAAAUGAAAUCACAGGGACAGGAAGCCAUAGGAAACAAGAGGCAGCAGUUACUGGUGAUGUUGGAGGGCGUAAUAGCAGAGAAGAAGAAGCUGAAUGAAACUCUGAAAGUAGAAAAGCAACUCUAUUGCAGUUUGGUGAAGUGUCAUGCUCAUCCUGACAGACAAGAACAGAUCCUUCAACUAGAACUAGAAAAGAUCCAGGCACUCAGUGGACAGCUAGAAGAGGUCCUUGGAAGAAGCCAGGAGCGCCUGAGCAGACUGGAAUCAUUGGACAUCAUAGGAGAUCUAACUACAGCUGAUGAUACUAAAGAUACCAGCACUGAGUUUACAGAUAGUAUUGAAGAGGAAGUACAGCAUUGUUCUCACCUACAGAAUGUUAAAGGAGAUAUUGAUGAUAGUUUGAUGAGCCAUUCCAGUUAUCCUGCUCUACUGACUUUGAAAAGCGAAGGCAACCAGCAAGUGAUGCUGCAGUCUCCAAAAUCUAUGGUUCAGCAUGUUCUAGAAGAGAAAAGGAAACUGGAAGAAGAACUACAAGUCUUUAAAGAGCAGAUUGAGGAAGCUGGGUUUUCUUCGAUAUCUCAGCUAAGGAAGGCCCUGCUUAGUCUUUGUCUCGAGAAUGCAGAACUCAAGGAACAAAUUGGAGAAGCAAAGUUGUCAGAGAUUUGGGAGAAAGAGGAUGAAAAGGAAGAUAAAGAGGACUUGAGGAGGGAUAUCAAGAAACUGCAAGAGAAACUGCACACUUCAGAGAUUGUGAUUGGCCUCCUUAAAGAACAAUUGAAUCUAAAAAACCAAGGAUGCAAAGGCACCAUCAUUCACCAGAUGACAGCUAGCACAGCUCUGAUUAAUGAGCAAGAGCAGUGCACUUGCCAAGCUCACCAUGACCAUUCACCAUUGUUGCACUGCCCACCCAAUCAAAUUAUGGGCAGCCCAGAAGAAACCCAGGCUGAAGAAGGCAGAGUAUCAAGUGGUUUUGUCCAGAAGUCCAAACAACCCCAAUGCAGGCAACAGUGUCACAAAUUACAAGACAGACUCUUGGUGUCAGAAGCCAUCAUCCAGGCACAGAUAGCCCAGCUCAAACAAUUAAAAGCCCUACUCAGUGAACCUAUGGUACAGCAUGAUAACAAGCAGAUGCAGGUGGAUAUUCAAGACCUGGGCUAUGAAACCUGUGGGAGAAGUGAAAAUGAGGCUGACAGGGACGAAGCUACAAGCCCUGAAUGCAGAGAUCAUGAUGAGCAACUAAACUUUUGGAAGAAAUCACUGGAGUCCCCUCUAAACAGACAGGCGAAACAGGAAGCAUUCCUGGGUGUCAGCCAAGUUGAUGAUGCUCCAGUUCUCUGCCAGCAUAUUCAGGCCCUCCAGAUGCAAUUGCAAAGUUUCCACGAAGUUAUUCAGAACUUACAAAGUUGUGUGCAUUCUGUAUCCACUACCAGUGACUAUGGUUCUGUGAGAGAUCAGCCACUCCAACUGAAGCAAGGCUACACUCUGGGCAAUUCACCUUCCCACAGUAUGAUUGAUGAAGAUGAAGGCUGGCAAUUUGAUAGCUUUGGAACUUUCUGCCCACCAAAUCUCCAGCCCAACAAAGAUUUGGCCAGACUUAUACAGAGAGUGUCCCUGUUGGAAGCUCAGCUGAAUGAGACUAAGCCAAAGGAAUUUUUGCCAGAGGAAUUGAAAUGUACAGCCUCGUUGGGGAAAUAUGACUCAUUAGUCCAAACUCAGGCUCGGGAGCUCUCCCAUCUGCGCCAGCUGAUGCGAGAGGGACAAGGGGUGUCUCAUAUGCUAAACAAAUACUUCAAAGACACCAUCAAAUCCUUUGAAGAGCUUCUACGAGGCACUGACAUUGACUACUACUUGGGUCAGAGCUUCCGUGAGCAACUUGCAGAAGGGGACCAAUUGGCAGACCAAUUGGCCAGAAAACUGAACCAGGGGAAUGAUCUAAACAUGGAGGAUAAAACAAGUCAUGAAUUGCUUAUGAGGAUAAACAAGGAGCUCCAGAAAGAACAAUCCAUCAAGAUUCUCCAAGCAAAACUGCAAGGGCGCUCAGUGACCCCUUCCAGUAGCCAUAUUAUCUCUGAGUCACCCUGCUCUCAUAGCAACAUCUCCUUCCUCUCUGAUGGCCCAGAGGUCUGCUCUGAUGUUGAUGCCUUUAGUGAAAAUAAUAUAAGUGAAGGCCAAGUCUACAGUGUUCUAAACAAAGUUCAAUUUUUCUGAAAUGCUAAGAGAGGGAGCAGACAUCAUUUCCAAGCAAGCCUUUCUUCUCUAGACCCAAAAUUUACCAUACGUAAGUGAUAUCCAAUGGUUUUGUGUAUUAGCUUUCCAGCAUGGACUGGGGGAGAUACAAAAGGGUUGGGAAUAGGUGCAUUAUACAUAAUGAUCAUUAUAAAGAGAAUUAGGUUUGAAAAAUAUGACAAGAUGCAGCAUGGAGGAUGCAGGUCCCCAAACCCUCGUUUCUCUUGCAUAGUUAUUCUAUUU